AUGCAUUACGGCAAGGCCAUGUCUUUGGCCAGGAGUCUCGACUCGCCGGAGAGGCUUCUUGCUCUCAGCCUUCCCCUGAUCGCCACAGCGAACAUGCUGGGCUUUUGGAGGGACUCCCACGCCCAUAUACUGUCCGCUCUUAAGCUUCUCCCCAGGGGCGGAGCCCAAAGUUGGUCCGAUGCUGCAUCAAUCGGGGCCACACUGACGCGCAUGGACUUGCAAUCCAUGACUUUCAGUGACUCGGCGUCUCCAUACCCUUUCGACACGCGGUUCGCGCUUAGCGAUCCCCGUGAAGGCGAGCUGCAACCUGGGGGCCAGCGACAGACAUACUCACAGGCUUCGUCUAUGCUCUUCGUGCUUAUACGGCAGAUCAUCUUCCACACCCAAGCUGUUGAAGACCAUGCUAUCAGUAGAAUCACCUUCAUGAAGGCGCACGCGCGGUUAGAAACCAAUCUGGCGCUGCUGGAGCAACAAAUGGCGGACCUCGAAGCCAGGCCUACGAAAGAGAAGCACGAGUGCGCCUCGAUAUCCGUCCGAAUCUACCACACGUGGCUCAGGUUGAUGAUGAGAAUCCCGCCGUUCUCGCCGCAGACAGCCAACGAUGAGAACCUGGCGUAUUUUGAACGCAUCGUAGUGCUCUGCAAGGUCUUCCUUGACCGACAAAGCCCGGUCCAGGAUCUCCAGCUGAGCCUCGAACCGGCCCUCAUCGUACCGCUUUUCGAAACAGCCAAGCGCUGCCGUCACCCCCGCCUGCGCCGCACCGCGCUCAAUCUUCUCAAAGGGAUGAACCGGCAGGAGGGUAUGUGGCGAAGCGACGGCGCUGCGUCAGCGGUUGAAAUACUUAUCGCGAAGGAGGAGAGUAUCGCAAUGGAUGAGCUUGCAGAUCUUUUGGCGACAUCCCACAUCAGCGACCAUCUCGAGGAAGCCGCGCUGGCUGUGCCGUGGUCGGCGUGGUCGUCCUCCGAGUUCGAGCUGCCUACGACAUAUACCUGGGAAGGGGUUGCGAAGGUUCCCGAAGAGGAACGAGUCCUCGAGAUGCUAGUCCUGUCACGUUUCGACGACCAGAAGAUUGAUCUGAGGCUGCUAAUGUGCUCUGGAGAUGAGAGGAAGGCGUUUGGGGAUACGAAAGAGUAUGUUAUUGACUACACUCGUAGGUAA